CGCCAAGACGCGGAGUGCAUAUAGAGCACGUCCGCCGCCCACUUAUCGUACUGAGGCGGUCUCUGGCCAUCGUCUUCAGCAACAAGUAUCACAAUAUGUCGAGUCCGAAAAGAGCCGACUUGGUAGUCCCAUAUACCCAUAAGCCAGCCAAACCGAGAUCGGAGGCCUCCUCCAUGAUCUCGCAGACGCUUCCCAUGGCAGCGAUGUUUAUGAGAAACAAGCUUUUGUCUUGGUCGUCGGUUUUUUUGGCGCUUCAAAGUUAUUUGACGGAGCCUGUGAACAGGCCUGCGGGCAGUGACGGUGGGUCCCAGCCGCCAUUGUUGAGGUUAGCUUUUGCCGCUCUUUCCUUGGCCACAUGCUAUUUGGAGUAUUUCUUCCCAUCCACGAGCCCCACUCUCAAGAGAGCGGCGCAAGCCGCCUCGCUGACCGCGACUUCCUCAGUUUAAGGGCUGUAUAGCACUUUAGAACGCUACGAAAGAAGCACCCCCGUGGAUUUAGGCCGGAUUAGAGGUAGCUUCUCUUUUGAGAACACCCACUUCUUUCCAACACAGCCACGAACCGGGAAUGUGGCCAGCC